CUGUAAGUUCCUCAAUUUAUUUUUAGAUGCGAGUGUUUGCUAAAUCAAUAUUUUACGAUGUGAAUGCACUCUAUUAAAAAAAUAAAAUAAAAAAAUAAAAUAAAAAAUAAUUAUUGUUCACACAUAUGUUAAAAGCUUCCAAUUCUCAUUUACUAGCGAAUCAGAAGGCUUCUUUAUGUGGCGUUUCAUGGACGUGGAUUAUGAUAAAUGUGAAUGAACGUGCACGCGCGCUCAAUUUACAAACGUUUGGAAUUCACUAACAUAUACCAGUUGUACUAACAAAUAUGGGGAAUACGAAGCUUUUGUGAAUCCGGCAGAAAGUUUUUGGGAAGCUCAAUUUUACGCGGAAAUUACUCCCAAUUCUUUCGUGUAUAUUUACAAACUUUUCAUGAAUGAGGCCCAUAUUUUUUUAAAGUGGGGGGAAUAGAUUUAUGAAAAAUAUUUAAAGUGGGCUCACAUUGACCGAUCUAAUAACAGUGGAGAUGUAUAUGUUUAUAGAAUACUUGAGAUGUUAUGAAAUGCCAAAUAUGUUUGAAAUUAACAGGAAAUUGUGCACCCUUUCUGAAGUGGCUAUUUAGAAUAAGCAGUAUCUUAAGCUGUUUCAAAAGUAUUUGCAUUAGUUGACAAAUUUUGCAAUAUAACUAUUCCCCGUAUAUCUACAGAAUAUCACUAUAAAGUUAUAAAUUAAGCUCAAUUGCAUUUGCAGCAUACUGUAAUAUUGAUAACCACAAAAAGUAAUUUCGAAUUCUCUCCUUUUCUUUAGACAAAAAAAAAAAAAAAGCAUACAGUAACGUCGUAAACCCUGUAAUCCCACAUGUAAGAUGUGCUCCCACCUCUGGUUGUAAAGUAAAUCAUUGUGAGACAGUCUUGCUAGCUUUAUACAUCCACUUAAAAAAAACAAAAAACAUUGUGAAUUAUGGACACAUAUACUGUAGGAAUGUCAUGAAAUUCUUUGAAAUCACUUGGAGGACUAUUUAAACAUCAUGGUGUAUAAAUGUGGUAAUCAUUCAGUACCAUGGUAUUCAUCAAAUAUCGAGGUAUUACCAUCUGAUGUCAUCGUACAUUUCAUAAGGGUCAUAUUGAACCCUGUCUUCCGCUGGUCACUCAUCUUUUCCUGUCCCUGACCGAAGUGUCUGUAUAGAUGAUGAAAAGUGAUCAGAGAAGGUGGUGAGCUUUGUGGGCUGAAAGACCUCCUGCAACAUAGACCCUUCAACACAGUAGAGUUUCAUAAUUAGAAGUGUGCAAGAGGACAAGAUGAAGUUCAUUUAUCUAGCUGCUUUUCUUUGCUCUCUGGUGGUGAUGGGUGUUGAGUUAGCAGGGAAUGAUGGCCCAGAACCAAACUGUUGUUCAACGGUUAAAGACACCAGAAUACUACUAACAAACAUCAAAAGAUACAGAAUUCAAAACACACCACCUUGUUCUAUCAGAGCUGUAGUGUUCAUGACUGUGUGGAGUAAAAGUAUAUGCUCUGAUCCAGAAGAUAGCUGGGCCAAGUGGGCUAUGUGCGAGGUGGAUAGAAGAACAUCUAACAAACAGCCUGCCGAUGGGUGCAGGAUAAUAUCUCCAACUUCUCCAAUCAGCACCUUAACUCCAGUGAGUACAGAGAGCACACAAUUCUCUGUGGGUACUACGACACCUGGACCCGAGAAAAAUACAUCACAGAUCACAUACAGCACAUAUAAAGCGACAAACAAAGUAACAACCCUUGCAGUGGUCACCACUCUGUCACCUACAUACAGAGAGAAAGAAAUGUCCAAGGACUAUAAAGUUGUUACCUCUGCAGAAGAGUGCUGCUUGACAGUAACAAAAAACAAUCCAGUGUUUCAUGAAAUUGUGGACUACAGAGUUCAAGAAACACCACUGUGCUCUUUUAGAGCUAUACAAUUCCAGACCAUAAUAAAUAAAAUCAUAUGUUCAGAUCCAGAAAAUAAAUGGGCUAAAAAUGCAAUGAUGGAUGUGGAUAAAAGAAAGAUAACCACAGAGGCUCACAUAACAAGUAAACUGUCCUCUUUGAGUACUAUGACACAGAGCACUGCAGGUGAAACAAAGUGGAUCUCAAUUACAGCUGUGUCACCAACAGAGAAAACUAUGACAGAGACGAUGUUCAGAACACCCAGACUGGAUGUUGUAACCUCUGCAAAAGCGUGCUGCUUGACAGUUACAAAAAACAAACCAGUGUUUCAUGAAAUUGUGGACUACACAGUUCAAGAAACAUCACUGUGCUCUAUCAGAGCUGUCGUAUUCAUAACUAUGGAGAGUAAGACCAUUUGUUCUUCUCCAAAGGAGAACUGGGUUCAGGAUUACAUACAGAACUUGAACAGAAGAAGAAAAACAACUGAAACAACAGAUAAUGACAAAGAGUUCAUUAUCACAAGAACCAAACCAAUAGAGCAGAACCCAAGACAUUCUACUGAAACCACAGAGACAGCAACAGCAAUGUCAUUGUCAUCUAUGAUGAAUGACCCAUUUCACAACACCAAUAAUUUAUUUUGCGUAAAGAAGGAGCCAGCUAAAUACCCCAGCUCUUAUUUUUGUAUCAAGCAGCCUUAAUACUGAGCCUAGUUCUUUGAAAACUUUGGACAGCUACAGUAUUUAUAGCUUUAUGGCAGUGUGGUUAUGGAAGUGAGGCUGUAGAGGAUGUUUUCUCCAGAGUCAACACACCGAUUUCGCUGACUGAUUAUUCAUCAAUUCUCUAUUUAAUUCACUGAUCAGAUUGAUUUGAGUGAUCACUUUUAUUUUUUGUAUUUUUUCUAUGUAAAUAAACAGUUUACAA